UUAUUCAUGUCAUUCCAGCAACAACGUUGUUGUGUCCAUUUCAGAUCGGGAUGUCAGCGCCAUGUCGUUUGCACAUUUCCGUGAAUGUAUUCUUAAAAAGUCUAAAUAUAGGCAAGUUAGCUAAGCUAGAAGUGCGAGUCCAUAAAAAGACUGAGGCAGUUGAGCUCGAGCUGCUUCCCCAGUCACUGACUGACUGACUGUGACUGUGACAGUCAAUGCGAAAUAUCUGUAAAAAAAAACUUAAUCAACGGGAGCUCCUGAGUGCUGUGCCAAAUGUAUUCGUUUCCUGUUGUUUAUGUAACUUGAAAGCCAAUGUGGAGAUCGUGAAGACGGCUAAAAUGGACCGUUAUCUGUGUCGGUAAUAACUGUUAUUACAGACUUAUUUUGGUUUUGCUGUACACAUCAACAGAAGACCACAGGAAGGUGAACCUGGCACAGCCAAACUGAGCCUAUCACUCAUCCAUCGAUGUGACGCAGCUUACUGUCCAGACCUGUUGGAAUUGUUAAAUUAAUCUGCAACAACGCCGUCAAGAUUCACUUACGCACAGAACUAUCCCACUACAAACCAAGCCGUGAAUGUUACUAUUCAACAUAAUUGUGCUUCUGCUCCUCAGCCCAAUUCGGUUUCUACCAGCCACUCUCUGAUUCUCAAGGAGCUGCGCAUUUAAACAUUGCACUGCUACAAAAAGCUCUCGUGCUCUUUCAGUCUUAACAGGCACCUGUAGCACCUUUAUAGUGUUUGUGGCUGUUGGGUAAAAAGCUGCAGAACCAUGUGUGCCCAUUGGCUGUUUAUAAUUGGCAUAGUCCACAGGAUGGGUGGACAGUAGGGGGUCGGCGAGACAGUGGACUCAUGUCAUGGAAGGGAUUAUUGCAGUCGCAGUACAUACAGAGGGCUUGAAUGGUUUUCCGCAAGGAUGUAAACAGACAGAAGACCUCACCAAUGGACACUCCAAAGGCACAACGAUUCUGAAUGGAUUGACUCCAGGUAUUGGCAUUAAAGGGAAUGGCAACUUGAAUGGCAGCCCAUAUCUUAAAACAGUCCCGAUUUCAGCGCUCAAACAGAAUGGACUCCUACAGUCACUGGCAGCAGGUGGCCAUCACACAAAAACUGAAGAGGUGAGCUCGGAGGUGGAGCGAGCACAAGAGGAGUGGGAUGCCCUGGAGAGCAUCCAACCAGUUCUCACCGAAGAUCUCACCCCCUCUCCACUGAUCUCAUUCAAUGAGGCCCUGCAGCAUUUUCAGACCACUGAUCUUGGAGACCUGCUUAAAAAUAUUCAGCCCACCAUUCGCAGGACUGGUUUGGCUGCAAUCACCCACUUCCUGUUCGGUCCUCCUCGGCUACACAAAGACCUAGUAGAGGAGAGAGACCUAGUGUUUGCUAUCGCACAGUGUUCUCUGGAUAAUGGACAGUCAGUUCACAUGCGUGUACUCCAGACCAUCUACAGGAAACUGACUGGCACCCGAGCAGACUGCCCUCGAUAUGGACCACACUGGGAGAAUGUGGGCUUUCAAGGUACAGACCCCAGCACAGAUCUAAGGGGAACUGGUUUUCUGGGUCUGAUGCACGCUCUCUACUUUGUCAUGGACCCAGAGAUACUACCACUUGCUAGAGACAUCUACAAACUUUCUCAGCAUCCAGUGCAGAAUUUUCCAUUCUGUGUGAUGUCAAUCAACAUGACAAGAAUUGCCCUGCAUGCUCUCCGGGAGGAGGUACUGUCUAAGGAGUGUAAUCGAAGGCAACAGGUCGUGGCUGUGCUAAAUGAUUUUUAUGUUGCGACGUUCCUGCACCUCUACCAGCUGUGGAAGAGCCAGCAGAACACCAUCUCUGACUCUGGCCAUGUACUUAAAGAAGUGGAGCUUGUUGCCAAGAAGAACCCCAAACAGAUUCUCAAACGUCUCGAGGGCUACCUUAAGGAGAGACGGGCUGGGACGGGACACCGAUCAUCACCUGACACACUGUCACACAGCAACCCAUCACCUGGUGACAGUGGGUCUCAAGCGGGGAGUCAGGGAGGGAAGGACCUGAACUUUACUGGUGUGUGUGAGCUGCCACCUGAGAUGGAGGGAGAGGCCAGACUCAUCUGACAGAGAUGAGAGCGAUACGACAAUUAAUGAAACGUGUGCGUUCAUGCUUUAUCUCUGUGUUUCUUCAUUUCUUUUGUCCUUUCAGGGGGCAGUUCACCCCGAAAUGAAAAUCCUGUCAUCGUUUACUCCUGUAAAGUCACCUGUAUGAUUCCGUUUGAAACCAAACAUAAGUAUGAUGACAAGGUUUUGUUUUUGGGCAAAGUACGCACACUUUGAGACGAGUCUAUGUUGUACUGUAUAAGCUUAAAAUCAUCAAACCGUGCUGUUUAUUUUUCGAGCACGUAUCGGCUUUGUAAUGCUUUAGAGACCAAUAGAUUUAGUUUCCAAAUAUCAGAAGAUUCUCUCAGAUAUUAAGCUAGAUUUAGCUCCUCAGUGGCAGCGGAUUGUCUUGAACCAAUCAGGAAGCAGGUGACUUUAUUCACGGUCACACAGUGGUCCUUGACCAUGUAUACCCAUGACUGUGGUAUUGAAAAAUACUUUUAUUUAUGAUGGUGCGACUGUGCCAGCCAUUUAUUCGAUGCGAUUGAGACAAGUUCAGCCUGAAGCCUUGCGUAUCUCUAGAUAGUUUGAACGCGUUCACUGUGACCAGGAAGUUGACAGAUUUUGUUGAUAUUGGCUCUCCACCCUGCACUGUUGAAAAAUGGAAUGACGUACAGUAUAAAAACUUUGGAUGGAGACCGCGUCAAUAGGCCAAAGCUUUUUUCUCUUGUCCCUUUAGGGAGAUAAAUGUCACAGUAAGUUUUCGAGAUGCUCUGUUUCUGUUGGCAGGAAGAGCCUUAAAUUCAAGUCAGGGCAUUAUGACGUUGGGAAAGCGCAUGCUAGUGUAAGAAACUGAUUAGAUGUUCGUAGAAACAUUUAGCGGUUCAGCGUUCAACGUCGAACUCCCGCAGACUGAUCACUAUGAAUGGCGUCUUCAUUAAUAGCUAAUCUUAUGUUGUAAUAAUGUUUAAACUUAGAAUUUACGGCAACAAUCACAGUGAAAAAGUGAUAUUUGGAAGUGUUGUAAUGCUUGUCUGCAUGAAGCAAAAGCCUACAUGUUUCCUUGAUAUUGAUAGUAGUUACAUUCCACUUUUAAGCAGUUGUGAUGCGGCUAGAUUUGUGUGGAUGUGUAGUGGACGAGAGUAAGGAUGCUCAGGAUUGUACAAAAAUAAUCUUUAAUGGUCCCCAAAAUGGUAUGGGAUGCUUGAUUUUAGGGCUGUCUAACGAUUCAUUGCGAUGAAUCGCAUUCAUAAUAAAAGUUGUUUAUUAAUGUGCAUAUUAUUGCAAAUUGUGCAUAUUAAUGUUGUUUUAUAAACACAUGCAUAUAUUUUAGAAAAAUAUAUAUAAAUGUUUAUAUAUAAUUCCAUUAAUUGUUGGUAAAUAUAAAAUCUAAAUAUAUUUACA